GGGUCAGCCAAAAAAAUUACCCAUCUCAUUUUAUAAGCUCAGUAGAAAGUCCGGAAAUGGCGAAGUCGUCAUAAGACUAUUUCUUCUUCUCGCUCCUGUCCGUUGGCCUGCCCGCUAAAAUGCGCUCCAAGGACAAAAUCGCAUACUUCUACGAUGGGGACGUGGGCAGUGUGUACUUCGGGCCAAACCAUCCGAUGAAGCCACAUCGUCUCUGUAUGACUCACCAUCUUGUUCUCUCCUACGAGCUCCACAAGAAGAUGGAAAUUUAUAGGCCACACAAGGCAUAUCCUGUUGAGCUUGCUCAGUUUCAUUCAGCCGAUUAUGUCGAAUUUUUGCACCGGAUAACCCCAGAUACUCAACACUUGUUCUCAAAUGAAUUGGCAAAAUAUAAUCUUGGAGAAGAUUGUCCUGUCUUCGAGAAUUUGUUUGAGUUCUGUCAAAUCUAUGCAGGUGGAACAAUAGACGCUGCACGCAGAUUGAACAAUCAACUUUGUGACAUCGCUAUUAACUGGGCUGGUGGAUUGCACCAUGCAAAGAAAUGCGAGGCUUCUGGAUUUUGUUACAUCAAUGAUUUGGUUUUGGGAAUUUUGGAGCUUCUUAAAUAUCAUCCCCGUGUUUUAUAUAUUGAUAUAGAUGUGCAUCACGGUGAUGGUGUAGAAGAAGCCUUCUACUUCACUGACAGGGUGAUGACUGUUAGUUUUCACAAGUUUGGAGAUAUGUUCUUUCCUGGAACCGGUGAUGUUAAGGAAAUAGGAGAACGAGAAGGAAAAUUUUAUGCUAUAAACGUCCCACUCAAGGAUGGAAUAGAUGACGGCAGCUUUACUCGACUCUUCAAAACAAUUAUUGCCAAAGUUGUUGAAACAUAUAUACCUGGCGUGAUAGUUCUCCAAUGUGGGGCAGAUUCGCUUGCUGGUGACCGCUUAGGCUGCUUCAACCUCUCCAUUGAUGGGCAUGCUGAAUGUGUUAGGUUUGUGAAGAAAUUUAACUUGCCAUUACUGGUAACUGGAGGCGGGGGUUACACCAAAGAGAAUGUUGCUCGAUGUUGGACUCUUGAAACAGGAGCUCUUUUGGAUACAGAGCUUCCCAAUGAGAUUCCAGAAAAUGAGUAUAUUAAAUACUUUGCCCCAGAUUAUUCAUUGAAGAUUCCAAAUGGGAACAUAGAGAACUUAAAUAGCAAAUCUUACAUUGGUACAAUCAAAAUGCAAGUGAUGGAAAACCUUCGUUGCAUCCAACAUGCUCCGAGUGUACAGAUGCAAGAGGUUCCACCAGAUUUUUACAUUCCUGAUUUUGACGAAGACGAGCAGAAUCCUGAUGAGCGCGUAGAUCAACAUACACAAGACAAGCAAAUCCAGCGCGAUGAUGAGUAUUACGAAGGAGACAACGACAACGAUCAUAACAUGGAUGACGUAUAAAAUUAACCUUGGGAAGAAUUUGAAGAUGAAUAUUGUGAAGAGGGCGAUCAUAAUGAUAAUGAUGUGGAUGAUUUGUAAAACUAUUUUUCGGGAAGAUUUGUUUUUAGGUUACAUGGGGGGCAGAUGUAAUAGUUUCCUACUGUGACUAACACAUCAUAUUGUUAGAAGAAUUUUUUGUUUUUCUUCUUUCUUUUUUUUUUUUGGUUCCCACCCCUCCCUUACUUGGGGUUUGUUAAUAUAUCAAGUGUAUCUUGAACUAAGUAUAGCUGCUCAAGUAUUUGACUCUCUAUUUUUAA